UGCUUUCCUCCUUUGCAACAUUCACCACCUCGACAUCACUCGUUACUAUGUCAGCCAAACGCCUCCUCACCCCUCUCACAACACAGCUCCUCCCGCAAUUGCGCGCGCCAAUCGUAUGCGGGCCAAUGGCAAACGCAUCAGGUGGGGCCCUUACCGGUGCUGUUUGCGCCGGGGGUGGAUUGGGUUUCAUUGGCGCAGGGUACUACACGGCUUCGCAGCUGAAAGAAGAGCUCGAGCACGUCUACAAGGCUCUCGGUGGCAGACCUGAACGUGGCCGGGCGCGAUUGGAGGCGGGCAUUGGUUUUUUGGCCUGGAGGUUGACGGCCAUGAAUGAUAAUCAGCCGCCUCCUUCGCUCGGAUCGUCCGAUUUGGACGCCUCUUCCCAGGCUCUCGCUCUCAUCGAUGAAGCGCUGCGCGCCAAGCCUCGCGCUGUGUGGAUGAGCUUUGGAGAGAGGGAGGAGCUCGUUGGUUGGUGCAGGGUGGUUCGCGAGAGGGAGGCGGCGCUCAAUGGUGGAGGCAAGGCAAAGUGGGGUACUGAGCUCAAGCUCUUCGUCGGCGUCGGUACGAGGGAUGAGGCGAGGUGUGCCGUCGAGGAGGCAGGAGCGGAUGUCGUCGUAGUCACAGGCGUUGAGGCUGGUGGACAUGGGUUGGGAGCUUCACCCCCGCUCGCUUCCUUCCUGCCCUUGGUACGAGCGCAGCUGCCGUCGUGGCAAACAUCCAAUCCUGCUGGGUCUCAGCCUCUCCUCCUCGCCGCGGGCGGUCUUCACUCUGGCCAGUCACUUGCCGCGUGUCUCGCCCAAGGAGCUGACGGCGCCGUAUUUGGAACUCGCUUCUUGAUGACACCAGAGGCAGCCUACACUCCCGAGCAAAAGCAGAUCCUCACCGACGCAGACGAAUCCCGCACCAAGCGCACCAUGGCCUUCGAUGAAGCACGCGGCACCAUGGGCUGGCCCAAGGGUGUAGACGGGCGAGGCGUAGUCAACGAGACGGUGCACGACUAUGAGCGUGGUCUCGGCAACCCGGAGAGCAGACGCGAGCGCUACGGAGAGGCUGUGAAAGAGAAAGACACCAAGCGCAUCGUAACCUGGGCUGGGACUGGCGUCGGGAAUGUGAGCAAGAUCAUGCCUGCUGCAGAGGUGGUGCAGGAGAUUGAGAAGGAGGCGAUUGACGCUGUAGAGCGGCUGGGCGCGAUGGUGGGCACAAAGGAGUAGCUCACGUCGCAUGACAGCAGCAGGUCACGUCACAUGCAUUCCAUCGCAGCACAGCAUGUAUCUUUGCCCUCUCGCCCGCCCACGCGCGCGCUUACAAAUACCCAUACGUCGGCGCCUGCGGCUGCGGCUUUGCAGGCUUGGACGAAGCCCUGCCUCCUCCAACCCCACCUCCGGCACUCGUGGCCGCGCUUGCCCGCAUGUUGGCCCUGAUCGUAGCGAUACUCGUACUAGGUAUGCCGGACGACGGGUAAGCAGCAGAGGCCGUAGACCACUCCGUAGCAUACGAGUCGCGGUCCGACGCGCUAUUCCAGUUAGAUCCAGGCCAGGCAGAAGGAGGGCCGGCCCCCCUCUUCAAAGUCGAUGUUGGUGUUGUGGUGAUUGCGGUAUUCGUGCCAGUGUCCCGCGACUUCUCUGUCGGCGACCUCGAGCCCGUUCCGGG